AUGGAGGAUGUAGGGGGUCUCCGGCCUUGGGUGCUGGGUCUGCUCUUCUUGCCAGGUAUGAUCCUAGGAGCGCCCCUGGCCUCCAGCUGCCCAGGAGCCUGUGGUACCAGCUUCCCAGAUGGCCUCACCCCUGAGGGAACCCAGGCCUCCUGGGACAAGGAUAUUCCUGCAAUUAACCAAGGGCUCAUCCCGGAAGAAACCCCAGAAAGCAGCUUCCUCAUCGAGGGGGACAUCGUCCGGCCGAGUCCCUUCCGUCUGCUGUCAGCAACCAGCAACAAGUGGCCGACGGGUGGUGGUGGUGUCGUGGAGGUCCCCUUCUUGCUCUCCAGCAAGUACGAUGAGCCCAGCCGCCAGGUCAUCCUGGAGGCUCUUGCGGACUUUGAACGUUCCACGUGCAUCAGGUUUGUCGCCUACCAGGGCCAGAGAGACUUCAUUUCCAUCAUCCCCAUGUAUGGGUGCUUCUCGAGUGUGGGGCGCAGUGGAGGGAUGCAGGUGGUCUCCCUGGCACCCACCUGUCUUCAGAAGGGCCGGGGCAUUGUCCUUCACGAGCUCAUGCAUGUGCUGGGCUUCUGGCACGAGCACGCGCGGGCUGACCGGGACCGCUAUAUCCGUAUCAACUGGAACGAGAUCCUCCCAGGAUUUGAAAUCAACUUCAUCAAGUCUCGGAGCAGCAACAUGCUGACGCCCUAUGACUACUCCUCUGUGAUGCACUACGGGAGGUUUGCCUUCAGCCGGCGCGGGCUGCCCACCAUCACACCGCUUUGGGCUCCCAGCGUCCACAUCGGCCAGCGAUGGAACCUGAGUGCCUCGGACAUCACCCGGGUCCUCAAACUCUACAGCUGCAGCCCAAGUGGCCCCAGACCUCGUGGGAGAGGGUCUCAAGCCCACAGCACUGGUAGGAGACCCGCUCUGGCCUCCCCAUCCCUGCUGCAGCUUUUGGAGGCACUGUCAGUGGAAUCCAGGAGCCCCGACCCCAGCGCUUCCAGUGCAGGAGGCCAGCCUGUUCCUGUGGGGCCUGGGGAGAGCCCACGUGGGUGGGAGUCCCCUGUCCUGAAAAAGCUCAGUGUGGAGGCCUCGGCAAGGCAGCCUCAGACCCUGGCUUCCUCCCCAAGGUCAAGGCCUGGAGCAGGUGCCCCCGGUAUUGCUCAGGAGCAGUCCUGGCUGGCCGGAGCAUCCACUGAGCCCACAGCCCCAUCUUCAGAAGCAGGAAUCCAGCCAGUCUCUGUCCAGGGAAGCCCAGCUCUGCCAGGGGGCUGUGUACCGGGAAAUCAUUUCUAG